GCGCGACGAAGCCGAGCGGAAGUUAGCAGAUGGCGCCUGUAGCGAGGAAGAGAGAAGCGCCGGGCGCCGAGAAAGAUGCUGGGGAGGAGAAGAAGUCGCAGGUUCGCCCCGGUCGGAAACGGCAGUGGAGGAAAGACCCGCGUCUGGUGCGAGGGAGCGUCCGGGAGGGUAAGGGCAGCCAGGAAGGAGCUGAAGGCGGGAGGAGGGGGGCGGUCGUUCCUCCUAUACUGGCCCCCUUCCAUUGCCUUUAAACUUUAAUUUAUAAACACUGGGCGAUAACCAGCUAAGUCGUACUCUGAAUAGACCCAUUGGAAUCAAUGGUGCACGUUGAAUUAUUAUUACUAUUAUUUCUACCUCGCCCAUCUGGCUGGGUUUCCCCAGCCACUCUGGGCGGCUGCCAACAGAAUAUUAAAAACACAAUAAAACCUCAAAUAUUAAAAACGUCCCUAAACAGGGCUGCCUUCAGAUGUCUUCUAAAAGUCAGAAGAAUGUGGCUAAGUUUGGGUACCCAUUUCGGUCAGGGUUUAGGCCCGGCUUUGGCGCAGAAGCUGCUUUGGUUGCCAUGCAUUUGGUUGUCACUAGAGGCAGGAAAAUGCGUCCUUGUUCAUUCUCCUCGACCUCCCUUGGCAGCUUCCGACAUCAUUGACUGUGGUAUCAUUCUGGCUGUCUUGAGUUAGGGGUGUGUGGUACUUCUGGAUCCACUGCUGUCGCCUGAGAUUCAAGUGGCUUCGGAGGCGCAGAGUGCCUUCUUUCAGCUUCUGCUGGUGGCCCAUCCUGGACAAGGAGAGCCUCACUACUGCUGUCUAUGCUCUGGUAUCCUCUAGCUUAGACUCUUGCAACACGUUCUACAUAGGGCUUCCACUGAAGACAGUUCAGAAACUUCCACUGGUGCAAAGUUUGGCAUCCGGGUGGCUUACUGGCGCUAGACAGUUUAAACAUAUUACAACCGUUCCUGGCCUGACUUCCCUGGCUGCAGAUUUGUUUGUGGGCCCAAUUCAAAGUGCUGGUCUUGACCUAUAAAUCCUUAAACUGCCCAGGGCUGUAAUUAUCUCAAGCACUGCCUUUCCCCAUAUGACCCGGUCCAGACCCUGCAAACAUCUUUGUGUGCCUUCUCCACAAGAGGUCUGGAAGGUCCCAGUACCAACUGGGUCUUUUCUGCAGUGGCUCUCCAUUUGUGGAGUGCUGUCCCGGGGAGCCUCACUUGGUGUGUUCAUUACGUAUCUUUAGGUGCCAGGCAAAAACAUUUUUUUUAUAACCAGGCCUUGGGCUAAUUAAUGUUCUGUCGCCUUUAAAAUGGGUUUGUGUGAACCACCCUGCAAUCUUUGGAUAAAGGAUGGUAUACAAAUUUAAUAAAUAAUAAUAAGAUUAACCACAAAAUGUAACAUCCUGGCAAAACAUUUUAUUUAAAUAUUGUUCACUUAGAAGUGAGCUUUGCGGGGCUCGUAGCUUAGGCUGCAGUCCUAACCCUACUCACCUUGGAGUUCAGUUGGACUUGCUUCUGGGUAGACACAGUUAGGACCUCAGGCUUAGUAAGGGCUGCUAAGUAUAAAGUUUGACCUUACCUACCUGUACAACAAGGUCUUCCAUCAGUUUGCAGAGGAAGAGACAGUGAUCACAUUCACACAUCACAGGAACCCAGCUAUGACUUAGUAAGACCAUGUGAAAGCAAGGGCUCCCAGAGAGGAGUUUGCAGAAAGGGUGGAGAGCAAGGUUAAGUUCUUUUACAUGAGCAAGUCAGCUUGCUCAACAUUCGAGUUGACGCUAUUAACUACAGUUCUUCAAGAGAAGAUGGAGCAUUAUUUCAAAGAUCAUCUGGAAGAAACAUUAGUAAAAGAGAGUGCUAUGUUAUAACAUUUGUAGUUUUAAGCACACUUUUUUCUUAUGCCACAUCUUUUUCUGGUGUGUAUAGGUCAGGGUUUUGCCUUUUGGAGAAAGCAAAAGAUCCAACGUGACUACAAGAAAUUGCUUAAAAAGGAAAGCAAUGCCAAUUCUCAGAAGAACAUUGGGUACAAAGAAGAUUACCCAGAACACCUGAAGCAUCUUUACUUAGCUGAAGAGGAAAUGCUUAAGAAACAACGGAAGCCUAGGACUGUUCGCCCUUCUGUACCAAAAGAAGAGGAAAUUGCAACCACAAAGUAAGAAACCUUUUGGGAACUGCUUUUAUCCUAUAAUUCCUUUUUAAAGGUGAGCCUAGGUUAUUCUUCUAGCAGGUGUUUUCACAGCAUUUUAGUUCCGUUCAGUGUAAUCUUUCAUUUUCCAAGCUUAGUUCAGUGAAAAAGGUAGCAACUAGCAGUAACAGCAUAUAAAAUAGUUCAACUAUUUUAGGAUUUGGGCCAAAUUAUAGUAAAUUGUCCUAAGGGAUGGGAGUGGCGCUGUGGGUUAAACCACUGUGCCACUUGGGCUUGCCGAUCAAAAGGUCGGCAGUUCGAAUCCCCACGACGGGGUGAGCUCCCGUUGUUUGGUCCCAGCUCCUGCCAACCUAGCAGUUCAAAAGCACAAAGUGCAAGUAGAUAAAUUCCUACCUCCGGCAGGAAGGUAAACGGCGUUUCCGUGCGCUGCUCUGGUUCCCCCAGAAGCGGCUUAGUCAUGCUGGCCACAUGUCUGUGGAAAAACUAUCUGCAUAAGUGGACAAACACCGGCUCCCUCAGCCUGUAAAGUGAGAUGAGUGCCACAACCCCAGAGUCCCUGACCACGUUUGCUGAGGUUGAUAGGAACUGUAAGGCACCACAUUGGCUAUAUAGAAUAAAUUUGGGGAAUAAAGUUACAGUACAUAUAAGGAAGUUAUAUAAUUACAUAUGCAUUUUUCUUAAUAGUUGCAAACCACUUUUCAAACAUAAUAAAUCUCAAGCAGCUCAAAAUCGUUAAAUCAGAUUUAUAGGUAGAUGAUAAUUGCUCUGAACAUGAUAGAUGCAGAAUAGCAGACAAUGCUGCCUAUCUGAAAGGUGGUGUUGGCAAAAGCAGUUCUGUAGGUCAGAUGAGCAAUAGACUCCUUUCCAAAUGGUAUUGAGAGGACCAUUGAAAGCACUGAAUCAGAAUUGAAAACUUUGCACGAAUAGUAUAAUUGCAUUAAUCGAAAAUCAAUACUUUUACUCACUGGUUUGUUUGUCUAAUGCAGGUGCAACAUGGUUCAUCGAAAAUUUAAAACGAAAACCUCAAACCAGAAAGCAAAAGAAGAAUAUGAGAAAAUAAAAGCCGAACGAGAGAAGAAAAAAGAGGUAAGUCUUAAAGUCUUAAGUUUCUCACAGAAAGUUAGCACUUUAGAGAGUGGGAAGAGGUGAGAGUUAAUCAACAGGGGUUUUGUUUUAUUCCCUGGCACUGAAGUUGAUGCAGGCAACUUCUUUUGUCUUAUAGCUCAUAAUAAUUUUAUGUAACUCACUCUAGUGGAAAAGGGGUCCACCAGCCUGGUUUUUUUCAUAAUAAGAAUUUAUUAGUUUUCAAUUACAGUCCAAUAAUAGCUUCAUUAUAACAAUAACAAUUUAUAAAACAAUUAUUAAUACCAGUCUUUCAAAUACCGAAUUAUAUAAUUUAGUUAAAGUGACCCCCUGCAUGCUUUAUUUGAUGGUUUCAUGAUUUUCUUUAUUUCUGCAUUCCAAAAUCUUACUAGUUUCAGUUACAUUCCGGUCAUACUCAUAAUCCCUUAUACAACAGCUGCAAUAUUAAUAGCUUCUGUUUGUGUUGAAACAUUAAAUGAUUUAUAAAACUAAAUAAGGAACUCGAUCUAUAUCCUUGUUCUUCCUGUGGCAAUUAUUCUGUCCAUGGUGUUUCUUCCUGUCCUUGUAAGAUGUUCUGUCUUCCCCCCUCCCCCCCGAUUGUUGCUCUCAUCAGUCAUGCCCAAGAGAUCCACCGGUCUGAUGUCUUCUCAAACAGGUGCACUGUAGUCCUAACCACAAAGAACAAUGCAAUAACAUAAGCAAAUGUGCUUUCCCCCCUGUUUCAGAAAGACAAUAGAAAGACAGCAUUGCACUUUAUCAUUAGAUAGGUAACUGUGUUGAUGACUUAUUUUUCACACUAAAAACAUUGGAACAAAUGAAGGAGGUAUCAUGGACAAAUAUUUUUAGAUAUCACCAUUUAUUUUCCUAGCAUAUAUACCUGUAAAAAGAUAUUUGCAACAUGCAUUUAUAUAUAUAUAUAUAUAUAUAUAUAAAACAAUUUCUAAAAAAGUAUGAAAGUCAUACUUCUUUUAAUUACUUGGGUAUUUUUUAUUAUUUCAGGCAGCCAUAAAAAGAAGAGAAGAAAUAGAAAAAGCUCAAAAGCUCUACAAACAGAAGAAAAUGGAAGCUUAUAAAAUUUUAAGUAAAAAGACAAGAAAAGGACAGCCAAAUCUAAACUUACAAAUGGAGUACCUCCUUCAGAAAAUACAGAAAAACCCAUAAACACUUGGUUUUUUUAUUACAGGUGCAAACAAAAAUGAGCCUUUAAGGUUAUAAAACUUGUUAUCCCUCCUCAGUAUUGGAAAACCUGAUAUUAGAGAAAUGGCUCUUGGGAAAGUGUACAAAAUUAUGAUGAAAGUAUUUUGAGGGUACCAGAAUAAAAUCUGUUUUCAAACUAUCUGAACUUGCAAAUCUGGGUAUCAUAUUUUUCUACUAGUAUUUUAAAAUAAAUACAUGUAUCUGCAUUAGACCAGCAGUGGUCUAAUAUUAGCUAAAAUCUCUGAAUUCUUGUGGUCUUGGUUUUUUCCCCAUCCAGCUGUUACUUCACUUGUGUUCUUAGAAUGGACAUCACACUGUUUACCACAUCAAACACGAGACUAUUCCUGAUUCAAUCUCACUUGGUAUAUAAUUGUUGGAAGUGUGAUUAAUGGACGGAGGCUACUGAUAUUUUAUUACAUUAAUGAAUAGCUGCACUGCCGUCAAGCACUAACUCAUAACGAAAAGCCUGGUUGACACGAGUUUUAUUGGGAAGCAAAGCAAUAUGUAUUGAUUUUAAGAUAAUGAAAAGUGGUUCUGUCAAUAGCAGAAUCAAAGAAGAUAGGUAAAUAAGCAGAGUCAAUCCAUGGAAUUAUUUUUCUUUUGCUGUAUGAUGCUCUUUCACAAAUGUAACAUCUUAAUCCUGUGUAUCCUCCUUCCAAGUCCGUCGUAGGCCCUGCAACGCUUUGGUUGUGCAAUGAUAGAUGACACAUAUGGAGAUACAGGUCUCUAAUGCCAGGUUUGAUCACUGAAGCUCACUGUUGUCAAUGCAAUAAAAAGCAAUAUGAAGCAGCUCUUAUACUGGGGAGAUUAAAAUACUUUUAGAAAAAAUGAAAA